AUGAUAAUUGGAAUAUGGCCCACAACUAGGUUUCGAAUUCACAAUACGGUUAGUUCACUUAAAUAUAGCCGCAAUUGGAAUCUUCAGUAUAUUAGGGGGCAAAGUUUUAUGAGAAAAAGUUCUCCAUUAUUGAGUUCUAAAAUUUUUUACUCCACAAGAACUUACAAGUUUUAUAGGGCGAAUAAACCUUUAAUAUCGUUGAGAAUGAUGUCUAGUGAGGAAAAUGAACCGAAGAAGGGGCAUAGCCAUCAUCACUCUCAUUCGGAGGAAGAGCACCACGGAAUUUUUGGACAUUCUCAUUCUCAUUCGCACCACCAACCUAAUGAAUUGUUGGUUUCAGGUUCAGUCAGAAACAAUCCAGCUGUAAGGAUUACUUGGAUAGGAUUACUUGUGAAUGUGGCAAUGGCUGCCUCGAAGGCGGUUGGAGGUAUAUAUUUUCAUUCGCAGGCUUUACUUGCUGACGCAAUCCAUUCGCUCUCAGAUAUGGUGGCCGAUUUUCUAACCUUGGCCACGGUAAAUGUGGCCUAUAGGAUUGGUUCUCCGACAAAAUUUCCGCUUGGGUAUGGAAAGCUUGAGACAGUUGGUUCAUUGCUUGUUAGUGCAGCAUUAUUAUUCGCUGGUGUAUCAGUAGGAUGGUCAUCACUAUUGCAGGUAUUCGAAUACGCGUUGCCGAGUUACAUUUAUGAAUAUUUAGCGAUGAUUCAACUAGGUCAUUCUCAUUCACACACAAGCUUGCCUACUGAUGGUGAUCAUUCGCACUCCCAUUCUCAUGCAUCCCACCAUGAAUUAGUACAGGGGGAUGAUGUCAAGGUGGAUCGGCAGAUACCGAACAUCAAUGCUGCUUGGUUAGCUGGUGGUUCAAUACUAGUAAAAGAGUUGUUGUAUCGGAAAACUAUGAAAGUUGGUUUAGAAUCGAACUCGAAGGUCUUGAUUGCUAAUGCUUGGCAUCAUCGGGUUGAUUCCUUGACUUCUGCUGUUGCAUUAUUUACAGUAACAGGAGGUGUUCUAUUCAACGUCGCUUGGCUUGACUCGAUUGGUGGUUUGUGUGUCUCAAUAUUGAUCAUUAAAGCAGGAUGGGGAACUUUCAAAAGCUCAAUGUUAGAAUUAGUAGAUAGGGGCGAAGCGGCUGAUAGUGAAGUUUAUUUAAAAGUCAAAGAUAUAAUCAGUGAUGAAUUAGAAGACGAUAAAUGUCUCCAGGACUUUAAAUUAUCAGACUUGUCAGUUAUGACUUCAGGAGCUAACACUAAUGUAAUUUUUACAUUGUCAACAUCUCGCAAAGAGAAAUAUUAUCUAGAAGACUUGAAUAAAAUCGAGUCCAAGUUAAUUUAUUCACUCAAAGAUGCCGAUAAGUUUAUCAAGAAAGUUCUUAUUCACUUUAAAGAUGGUUCUACGCAAACCUUAGAAAAAUCUGAACUGAAAGAAGAUCACACUCAUUCCCAUUGA